AUGGAUCUUCAGUUGCUUAACUUCAGAUGGAGGCUGGAAACUAAAAGUAAUGGACUUGUGCAGUGCAUGCUACAACUGAAUAAAGGAUUGAUACUGCCUUGGGAACUUAGAUGUAGAGAUAUUAUGAGGAAAUAUAGCAUAGGAGAUGAUGAAAUCGGUGAAGAAUGGAAAAAAGUAAAUGAAGGAGAUGAAAAAAGAAAAAGAAUAGAAUGGAAGAGGAGGUAUGGAAGAUGACGGGCUUGUACAGGCUACUGAGACAAAAUAAUACAGGUGCAAACCUACCGUUAUAUCUAA